CCAAUGUCUAGCAAGUGCAACAAUGGCCGCAUUGCACGAGCAACCCAGGCAUUCUGAGCAUUCGGAUGUCCUUAGCAGCUUCUCAGCCUCAGCAAGAUUUCCUAACCCAUGCGCGGCAAUACUAGCGACGUCAGGGAAAUCGUCAUAUCUGCCGCCCAAGGACAUGGUCAAGUGUUCAAUGAGGGCAAGUCUCGCAUGUUUCGAAUGUCCAAGGCAUCGUUUGAUCAAUGUCUGACGCCAGGCGAUAAGGCAGCGGAUAUGCCCUGCGGGAAAACAAAUCAAUAUGUGGUCUCUCGGAAUGACUAUUGGAAUUGCGUACACAUGUUUCCGAGGCGGGUUCAUUGCCCAUCAGCUGUGUCCAAGCGCAUCGACGAAGCGCCAGCCGCGAGGAUGUUUUGCAAAUCGACAUCUCAAACACAGAUCGUGACAGAAUUCAAUCAGCACUGUGUCAACGAUAGUGACAAAUCCUGGGCAUUGGAGAAAUUGCCUACGACUUGUCGGCGGGCCGCUGUCUGUGCACAGAGCCGAUCAGCAGGAAGAGGCACAGCGAGCUUCAGGUUAUUGAUAGUAUCAUCUUCGGGAGACGAAACGUGAUCGUGAUUCUAGCCUGCGCCGUAGGCCUGAAGCCUCAGGCGGAUUCGAAACUGUUAGGUGACUGAUCAAGCAAAGCCGUAGGAGCGACAAGCAAUGGGCCAUUUGCGGCCGCAUUUGAUACAGGUACACCUGUCCGCUACGAUUGCACAA